CUCCCCCUCUCUUCUUCCUCGAAUCCUCCUCCAGCUGCUGCUGCUGCUGCUGCUGCUGCUUCUUGCUUCGUUGCUUGCGGCCGGAGCAAGAGGCGGCCAUGGCCACCACCACCGCCGACGCCGACGCCGCUCCGGUAGCGGCGCCCGUGGUCGAGGAGAAGCCUGCGGCGGCGCCUGACGGAGAUGAGGUCGCGGCUGCUGCGGCGGCGGCGGCGGUGGAGCAGCCCAAGGUAGUCGAGCCGGCGGCGGCGGCGGCGGCGGAGGAUGAGGAGGAGGAGGAGGAGGUGGGAUUGGAGGGGAAAGGUGCCGGCUUGGGUGAUGAGGAGAUGAAGAACGGCGAGGUGGAGGCGGCCGGAGGCGGCGAGGUGGACGUGCCGGAGGGGGACGGGGAAGGCGGGAGCUUGGUGGUGGCGGCGGAGGCCAAGGACGAGGGAGGAGGCGUGGAAUUCGCCGGGGGUGAUGGGAAAGCUUCCUACCUUGCUGCGGCCGGGGAGGCCAGCAACGGCGAAUUGGGCGAGGGGGAUGCUUAUCCGGCUUCCUCCGAUGCACCGGUAGGUGAGGAGAAGGGCGAAUUGCGCGAGGAGCCGGAGGAGAAGGCUGCGGCUUCGGAGGUGAAUGGCGCAGGUUCCGCUGCCGAAUUGGCCGACGAGGAGGAGAAGCCAGAGGACAAGAAGGGGGAGGAAUUGCCUACUGGGGGUGGAGAUGAUGCUGAAUUGGGAAGGGAGAAGGAGGUUGCUGUUUCUGCCGGGGCCAUGGAGGCGGCGCAGCCGGAGGAUAAGGUAGCUUCUGAGGCUGAAGCUAACGGUGAUUUGGGUGACAAGGCGGAGGAAGCGAGUGCUGCGACGGCCGUGGCAGAGCGCGACGCCGCAGAAGAGGAGGCAAAGCCUGAGCCAGUAACCGACGCAAGUCCUGUGGUUAUUGAUGAGAUUAGCUCGGAGAAGAUUGCUCCCGUGAGUGCCGACAAUGCGCUUGAAGAGACUGCUGAGAAGGAGCAAACUAUUGAAAACCAGGCUGGUGAAUCCGUGGAGACUGUUGGUGUUGAGAAGCCUACAGAGGUUGAGAAUAAUGCUGCUGGUGGUGCUAGUUCUAUCUUGUCUCGAGAAUUAGCUGCAGAACAAACCAGUGACAAUAAUGUUGGUGAUGAGGAUGAUGGUGUUGCAGAGGUUGUUGACCUUGCUGCCGAUGAUGAGAUAGUUUUAGCUGCAGAUGGUGAUGAAGAUGAUGGUGCCAACGAGGCUGACGAUGAUGAAGAUGGAGUGAGCUCUGACAGGGGCCCUGCACGAGUAGCAAUUAUAGAGAGUUCGGAAGCUGCGAAGCAAAUCAUGAAGGAGCUCGGGGAAGGCUCUGCUAGUGAUAGUCCUGUGUCUGGCUUGGGCAGCUCAAGAGAGUACACCAACAGCAUGGAUGGGCAGAUUGCCCUUGAUGAUUCCGAUGAGGAUGAGGAUGACGACGAUAAUGAGGAUGAUGAUGAGAAGGGGUUUGAUUCUGCUGCCUUGGCUGCCCUGCUGAAAGCAGCAACUGGUGCAUCCCCAGAUGGGAAUGUCACGGUUUCUUCCCAAGAUGGUUCUAGAAUCUUCUCCAUGGACCGGCCAGCCGGCCUGGGCUCAUCAGCCCCAUCUCUCAGGCCAACUGCCCCACGCCCACCAGCACGGUCAAACCUUUUCAGCCCCUCUGAGCUAGCAGUGACUGCUGAACCUACUGAGGAGAUGACAGAGGAAGAGAAGAAGCUGCAUGAAAAGGUUGAGUUGAUCCGAGUAAAAUUUCUGCGCCUUGUCUACAGAUUGGGGGCUACUCCUGAAGAAACAGUGGCAGCACAAGUGUUGUACCGUCUGAGCCUUGCGGAGGGUAUUCGACAUGGAAGGCAGACAAACCGAGCUUUCAGCCUUGACAAUGCACGGAGGAAGGCCUUGCUGCUUGAAGCGGAGGGAAAAGAGGAGUUGAAUUUCUCAUGCAACAUACUUGUGUUGGGUAAGACAGGGGUUGGCAAAAGUGCAACUAUAAAUUCUAUUUUUGGUGAAGAGAAGUCCAAGACUGAUGCUUUCAGUUCAGCCACCAACAAUGUGCGGGAGAUUAUUGGCAAUGUUGAUGGUGUCCAAAUACGGAUUAUUGAUACUCCAGGCCUUCGACCUAAUGUGAUGGACCAAGGAUCCAAUAGGAAAAUUCUUGCUUCUGUGAAAAAAUAUACCAAGAGGUGUCCCCCAGAUAUCGUCCUGUAUGUGGAUCGCCUGGAUAGUCUGAGCCGUGAUCUGAAUGAUUUGCCUCUUCUGAAGACCAUUACUUCUGUUCUGGGCUCAUCUAUAUGGUUCAACGCCAUUGUUGCACUCACUCAUGCUGCCUCUGCCCCUCCUGAAGGCCUAAAUGGGGCCCCUAUGACAUAUGAGGUGCUAAUGGCUCAGAGGUCUCACAUUAUCCAGCAAUCCAUUAGGCAAGCUGCAGGGGAUAUGCGCUUGAUGAAUCCAGUGGCUCUUGUUGAGAACCAUCCUUCUUGCAGAAGAAACCGAGAGGGUCAGAAAGUACUUCCAAAUGGCCAGAGCUGGAGGCAUCAGAUGCUGCUUUUGUGCUACUCUUCAAAGAUAUUAUCUGAAGCAAACUCACUUUUGAAGCUUCAGGAUCCAAAUCCUGGAAAGCUUUUUGGGUUCCGUUUCCGGUCUCCACCUCUUCCCUUCCUUCUCUCCUCCCUGUUGCAGUCAAGAGCUCACCCAAAGCUUUCGCCAGAUCAGGGGGGCAAUGAUGGAGAUUCUGACAUUGAUUUGGAUGACUACUCUGAUAUAGAGCAGGAUGAAGAUGAAGAGGAAUAUGACCAGCUUCCUCCCUUCAAGCCAUUGACCAAAUCUCAGCUUGCAAGGCUGACAAAGGAGCAGAAGAAUGCUUAUUUUGAUGAGUACGACUACAGGGUCAAGCUUCUCCAGAAGAAACAAUGGAAGGAUGAGAUCCGCAGGUUAAAGGAGAUGAAGAAGAGAGGUAAAACUGAUAUGGAUGCUUAUGGGUAUGCUGGCAUCGCAGGAGAAAAUGAUCAGGAUCCCCCUCCAGAGAACGUAUCAGUUCCCUUACCUGAUAUGGUGCUGCCCCCCUCAUUUGACUGUGACAAUCCCACGUACCGGUACCGCUUUCUGGAGCCAACUUCAACUGUUCUUGCAAGGCCUGUUUUAGACGCGCAUGGGUGGGAUCAUGACUGUGGUUAUGAUGGAGUAAGUGUUGAAGAGACGCUCGCUCUCCUUAGCAAGUUCCCAGCUAAUGUGGCAGUUCAGGUCACCAAGGACAAAAAGGAAUUCAGCAUCCAUUUGGACUCUUCCAUCUCAGCAAAGCUUGGGGAGGAGGCGUCGUCACUUGCUGGUUUUGAUAUCCAGACUGUCGGGCGGCAGCUCGCAUAUAUUCUCCGUGGCGAAGCCAAGUUCAAGAACAUCAAGAAGAACAAGACUACUGGAGGAUUUUCAGUGACUUUCCUGGGCGACAUUGUCGCGACUGGGUUGAAGGUCGAGGACCAGAUCUCUCUUGGGAAGAGGGUGGCAUUGGUGGCGAGCACAGGUGCAAUGCGAGCGCAGGGCGACACCGCGUAUGGAGCUAACUUGGAGGCGCGCCUGAAAGACAAAGACUAUCCGGUUGGCCAGUCCCUCUCAACCUUGGGUCUCUCUUUGAUGAAGUGGCGCCGAGACCUUGCUCUCGGCGCAAAUCUGCAGUCCCAGUUCGCGAUCGGAAGGGGCUCGAAGAUGGCGGUUCGUCUCGGGUUGAACAACAAGCUGAGUGGGCAGAUCACCGUCAGGACAAGCACCUCGGAGCAGGUCCAGAUCGCACUGCUGGGUCUUGUCCCAGUUGCAGCCUCCAUUUACAGGAGCUUCAGGCCCAGUGAGCCCUCCUUCGCUUAUUAGCUUCGCCAGCAGAGACCAUGUCGUCAGCGUCCCCUUUUGUCUUGGCAAUUUUCCUACUUAUAUGAACCAUAUUCUCUAUCUGUUUUGAUUUUACCCGUGUACUCGAAGAUCGUUCCUAUCAUAAUUUUGGCUGAAGAGGGUUGUGAGAUUUAUGUGGAACUUCAACUGAAUAAUGUUGUUAGAUCUAUAAUCCAUCCGUUUAUCUAUUAUAGUAUCA